AUGCUCAUUCGCCGCCACAUCAUCACACUCAUAACCUUCGAUCAACUCGUUGCCAACCUAUCCCUACAAGCCAAGAAUGCUUGUGCAGCCUUUUUGAUUCUUUGGUACUGCAUUUACGGCUUUACUUGGGGACCAGGAUGCUGGAUCGUCACCGGUGAAGUAGGAACGGGUCAGUUGCAUGAGCGUACCAUCUUUCUCGCUUCUAUGGGUAGCUUCUUGACGUCCGUUCCGAUCAAAUUUGUCAACCCCUAUGUGCAGGUUAGUAUCGGUGGCCCUGUGACGUUUAUCUAUGGGGCGUUCUCGGUUGCGGCGCUGGGUUUUGUGUGGUUUUUUGUAACUAGGACGAAAGGGAGGUCGCUGAAAAAUAUCGAUGAGAUGUUCCAGGCGCAGGUUCCGGGGUGGAGAUUUACUAGAUAUGCUUGUACCGGAUUGGGUGCACAGAUAGGGGUUGAGAAGUAUCCGGUCGGUCAUGCCGAUACUAACGACGAGAAAAGGGACGGUCCAUGGCCCUAA